ACCAGCCCCGCUGAAACCACAUGAAAUGGGACGGCUUAGACUUGAGCAACGUCGUGGUGUAGAGAUCAUGGAUGUGAAUAUUUGUCCUAUUUUUGGUACAACUGUUUCCCUAGUGAGGAACGAGGCUGGAACCUACAUUGCAACUGACGGUUGUGAGUUUAAAUAUUUGAAUCCAAGAGCAGCACGGAUUCUCAGAAGAUCAGGAAUACCCCAAAAGCCCAGCACCGAGGAGAGGGACAAGAUCUAUGAAAUUAGUGACAAUAUUUUUGCUGUGCCAAGUGGAUGUGGAGGUUGGUUCAAUAAAAUCAUCUACAGAAUGAGCAAUAAAGAUGACCUCAGAAUAUAUCGUAAAGCUAUUGGUAAAGGUGAUGGCAUUCCUCUUACAGCCAAAGAAUGUGCAGAUUACGCGAAACAUCUUUUUGAAAUGCCGUACGAAAAGCUUCCUAGUGAUAUGAAACAGGGUCCUGUUGGAUUUGACUUGAGUCACUACAAGAAAGCAUGGCUUAGGCAACUAAAAUGUUAGCGAG